AUGCUUUUCUUUUCGCUCGUUACGCUGUUCGGGGCUGUCGCUGCUGGGCAAGGCGCUGCAAGGCGCGACAACAGCAGCCUCGUAGUUACGAAAGUACCAGACCAUGUCCGUCCCUACGUCGUCCGCGCAUACACCCUCGAUGGCGUCCGCAUCGGCUCCCAGAUCUACCGGUUCCCAGUCACGGGGCCUUCUUCUGACAAUGCAUUCACGCUAAUCAGCACCGCUGCUCCCGCGAGCAGCGAGCUGGGUGUGCUUCCACACAUCCACCAAGCCCACUACGAAAAUUUCUACAACCUCCGCGGCCGCUUCGCCCUCUGGGCCUCCAAGGACAACGCGACCUCUGGCCGCAUCUUCACACCCGGGGACUACGGCGCCGUACCCCACAACACCACGCACUCCUUCCAAAUCCUCGACCCCUUCACCGAAAUGGUCGGCGUAAUUCAGCCCGGCGGCUUCGAAGAGUUGUUCUACUUCCUCGCCUCUGCGAACUACUCAUCUUCGACAUACGCGCCGUUCCCGCAGGGAAAUUUCACUAGUCCCGGCGGAGACGCAGACACCAUUAGCAAGUUGCAGCAAUUCGAUGUGUGGGCGCAGGUUCAGUUUACUCCGCCGAUGAAUUUCGAUGCCAAUGGGACGAGUGGGGAUGGGGGUGCUGUUUGGAAGAACGGGGUUAAUGAGUUGGCGAAGGAUAGCGAGACGCCAUUUUUUGUGGCGAAGGGGUAUGGGCCUAAGGUACUUUCUUCCUCUGCGGACAAAACGAGUUACUACGUCGUAGAGCCGUUUAUCACGGCCACGCAGUCCGAUGGCAACUUCACCGAGGGCACGAUUACGUUGUCCCAACUUCCUCCCUCCUCUCAGCCCCAGGAGUGGUCGCUGCCGGGUCACACAGCGCUGGAGGUGGUAGAUGGGUUAGUCUGCGUGAAGGUGCAGGGGUACGAGGAGGAACUGAGUUUGAGUGUGGGCGACGUGGUGUUUGUUCCAGGAAAUACUACGUGGAGCUUUUGGGGGGAGGCUGCGUAUUCGAAGGUGCUGUAUGUGGGACAGGGGAGGGAGACAUUGGAUGCGAAGUUGAGGGCGGAAGGGAGGCAGUGGGAGAGUGUGGUGUGGCCGGCGUAG